AUGAAAAGUGGUAUCAGGUGUCUACAAGAGUGUCAAUGUGGCACAUGCUCUUAUAUCAAUAUGGAAAAACCGGAAGAGUGUGUUUGCUGCAUUGAGCUUGAGAGGGUGAGAGAGAAGAAUGAGGGUCAAGCUGGGGAUUGUAUAACACAGCACCCAGCUUUCCAAACAGUCUGUCUGGACCCAGAUAUACUUGAUGUAGCCUACAGCCACUACAAGCAGCAUUAUGGGCCGAUGGACAAAUCCCAAAAUGAACGCCGCAGAUAUACAGCCUAUCGUCAGUUUGUGCGCUGGAUAUGGGACUUCCUUGGUAAAUACAUCAGAGUACCGCUACCUGCAUGUGUUGUCACACAAGUAAGAAAGAGAUGUCCUUCACCAGAAUUUACAGGUUUCCUGGAUGUGGAGUCUGCUCCUUAA